CAAGCAAUCCAUAAUCCUGAUCAUGAUGUAGUGAAGAAAGACACUACCACCUGGAGGGAGGGAGCAGCAUGAAAUGUAAUGAUUGUAGAGUGCUUGCUUGCUUGCUACACAAUCAAUGAUAUCAAUGAUGGAUGGAUGGGCACUCAGGGAUAGGACAGGACAUGACAGUAGUGGGCUUUCUUUCUUUCUUUCUUUCUUUCACAAUCCAUGAUCCAUUCAUAACCAAAGGAGCUGCUGCUGCUGCUGUGCUGUGCUGAGACAAAUAUCAAACAAAUCAUCAAUCAAUAAACAUUUAGUAAAUAUGCCAUUGCCAUUGGCAUUGGCAUUGGCGUGGAUCCUCCUCCUCCUGAUUUUGUUGUGGACUCCGCCUGCCACUGCAGCCACCAACCCCCAAGACGCGGCGGUGCUCCGAUCGCUCAAGGAUCAGUGGGGGAACACCCCGCCCAGUUGGGACAAAUCCGACAAUGAUCCUUGCACCUCCUGGGAAGGAGUCUCCUGCAACUCCUCCAGAGUCACUUCCCUAGGCCUGUCCACAAUGGGACUCACCGGCAGGAUGAGCGGCGACAUCGGCGCUCUAUCCGAGCUACUUUCCCUGGACUUAUCCUUCAAUCCUGGCUUAAGCGGCCCCCUGUCGCCCCGCCUCGGAGAUCUGCGAAAACUCACCAUACUGAUCCUGGCUGGAUGUAGCUUCACUAAUACCAUACCACCUGAAUUGGGAAACCUCUCUGACCUAACUUUCUUGGCCCUGAAUUCCAACAACCUAACCGGCGACAUACCCCCGUCGUUGGGUAAGCUCUCGAAGCUGUACUGGCUCGACCUCGCAGACAACAAGCUCGCAGGGUCACUCCCUGUUUCAUCAGCUUUCGGCCCCGGCCUCGACCAGUUAAAAAAGGCCAAGCACUUCCAUUUCAACAAGAACAAGCUCUCAGGCGAAAUUCCGAGCCAGCUGUUCGAUUCAGACAUGUCCUUGAUACAUAUACUCUUUGAUUCGAAUCGGUUCCAAGGUAGCAUUCCAUCCACAAUAGGAUUGGUGAAGCCACUUGAGGUUCUUCGGCUUGAUCGGAACCAGUUUGAAGGAAGUGUCCCUGCCAGCCUCAACAACCUCACCAACAUGAAUGAACUGAAUUUAGGACACAAUAUGUUGUCUGGUUUAUUACCAAACUUGACAGGGAUGGACUCUCUCAACUACCUAGACUUGAGCAACAACUCGUUCAAGCAGUCGAAAGCCCCGGAUUGGUUCUCAACAUUACAGUCGCUCACAACAUUGAUGAUCGAAUUCGGACCGUUGGAAGGAUCCAUGCCGUCGGAGCUCUUCAGCUUACCUCAAAUCCAGCAAGUGAAAUUGAAGAACAACGCUCUCGGUGACAAGCUCGACAUCAGUGGCAAGAUCAGCCAAGACCUCCAGCUUAUCGACCUGCAGAACAACGACAUUACAUCAGUCACCAUCGGCUCCGACCACAAGAGCACACUCCUCUUGAUCGGGAACCCUGUCUGCUCGGCUUCGCUGGAAAACACCGUCUACUGUCAAAUUCAGCAAUCCGAAAAGCCUUACUCGACAAGCCUGGCAAACUGCGGAAGCCAAAUAUGCACGUCGAACCAAAAGCUCAAUCCGCAAAGCUGCGACUGCGCUUAUCCCUACGAAGGAACACUCUACUUCAGAGCUCCAUUCUUUAGGGACUUAUCGAAUGCAAGUUUGUUCCAUUCUUUGGAAAUGAGCCUUUGGACGAAACUCGGCCUUUCUCCCGGAUCGGUUUCCUUACAAAAUCCGUUCUUCAAUGGCGACGACUACCUUCAAGUGCAGCUCCAGCUUUUCCCCUCAGAUUCCAAGUACUUGAACAGAUCAAUGGUUCAAAGAAUCGGAUUUUCCCUGACCAACCAAACCUUCAAGCCUCCGCAUGACUUCGGACCGUAUUAUUUCAUCGCUUCGCCGUACAUUUUCGGAGAUGAUCGUGAGAGAGUUCGUUUCAGCAGCGGUGUUAUCGCCGGAAUAGUCGCCGGAUGCGCUGUCCUGGUCGUGAUGCUCGCCGCACUUGCAUUGUAUGCUCUGAGGCAGAAACGGCGCGCUGAGCAGGCAAUCUCGUUAAGCAAACCGUUCGCAUCUUGGGCUCCGAGCGGGAAAGACAGCGGGGGGGCGCCGCAGCUAAAAGGCGCGCGAUGGUUUUCUUACGACGAGCUCAAGAAAUGCACGAAUAACUUCUCCGACGCCAAUCAGAUCGGGUCGGGAGGCUAUGGCAAGGUCUACAAAGGAGUGCUCCCCACCGGGGAAGUAGUCGCCAUUAAACGUGCUCAACGAGGCUCGACGCAAGGCGGGCUCGAGUUCAAGACAGAAAUCGAGCUUCUUUCUAGAGUCCAUCACAAGAACCUCGUUGGCCUUGUCGGAUUCUGUUUCGAACAUGAAGAACAGAUGCUCGUUUACGAGUUCAUGGCCAACGGUACACUGAGAGAUAGCUUAUCGGGAAAAAGCUCGAUCUAUCUAGACUGGAAGAGGAGGAUAAGAAUCGCCCUUGGUUCCGCUAGAGGAUUAGCUUACCUACACGAACUCGCGCAUCCUCCGAUAAUCCAUCGCGACAUCAAGUCAAGCAACAUAUUACUCGACGACAAUCUCACAGCUAAAGUCGCCGAUUUUGGCUUGUCAAAGCUCGUCUCCGACACUUCGAAAGGGCACGUCUCGACUCAAGUGAAAGGCACAUUGGGAUACUUGGAUCCCGAAUACUACAUGACUCAACAAUUAACCGAGAAGAGCGACGUAUACAGCUUUGGCGUGGUCAUGCUAGAGCUCAUUACAGCCAAGCAGCCGAUCGAGAAGGGAAAGUACAUCGUGCGCGAGGCGAGGCUAAUUAUGGACAAGAACGACGAUAUCCAUUGCGGCAUAACAAGAUUGAUGGAUCCUGUAAUAAGGAACACACAGAAUUUGGUCGGAUUUCCGAGAUUCCUCGAGCUAGCGAUGCAAUGUGUGGAAGAAUCAGCCUCGGAUCGUCCGACGAUGAGCGAGGUCGUGAAGUCCCUUGAGAGCAUUUUGCAGAACGAUGGAGUGAACACGAGCUCGACGUCGGCGUCGUCGUCGGCGACGGAGUUUGGCGCCGGAAAAGCUGCCUCUAAGCAUCCUUAUAGCGAUGCUUUUGAUUAUAGCGGCGGAAUGUAUACAUUUCAGGCUAAGGUUGAGCCUAAGUGAUCAUCCUUUUUAUUUAAAUUUUUUUGCCUAAGUAUGGUUGUUUUUUUUUUUUUGGCUUUUGUGAUGAAGAAGGUUUCAUGCAAAUGAUAAAUGUUGUUUGCGAAUUGAAAUAUGGAUGAGAAGAGAUUAAGG